GUGGACUGAAUAGUUUUUCAUGUUUAUUAAUAUUUCACUUCAUAACAUAAUACAUGUUAUUCUAAAAAUAUUAUCUAAAAGACAGUAUGUAUUUUGUGUUCUUGCUUUGGGUACCUGUGGUCAGGUUGUUGGGGCAGGUGAAUUUUCAAUUUGCAUUCCUGUGAACAAGAAUAAUUUGUAUUACUAUUUUCUACAAUUUACUGAGCAAUAGAACUGCUUAAAGACAGUGAAAGGCUAGGACUACUAAAGAAUCAGAUUACCCAGUAUGGUAUGCCAGAUAACACCUAGCAUUCCAUAAAACACCCAGCAAUCUUUCACUUUUUUUCCUGACAGAUAACACAUUUAAAGCUGCUAGCUCAUUAUCUGGCUUACAGUAAGAAUGAAGUAAAUUUAAUUUGCUUCUCUUCCAUUGAAAUAAUGAAAAGCAAGAUAAUUGAAAUUUCUGGCAUUUCUGUAGAAUUACCAUCCAGAAUUUACAAUCCAGAAUUUCCCUGGAUAGGGGCUGUAUCUAGAUUCAGCUUUGUUUUCCUUGGGCAUUGCCCAGUGAUUGGGAGCAUUUUAAAGGGUUGUACAGUAAGUGUUGACUGAAUGGAACUGUGUUCAAGUCUGUUCUCAUUCAUUUUCUUAUCUAGAGAUAUAUGUACAUAUCAGGUGAAAAUAGACUUAUUUUUCUUACAUUGUUAUUUUUCAUGUUUUUAGACUGGGAUUUGAAAAUAUAUUUUAAGCACACAAACUAGGCCCUUUGCAAAAUGGUUAGACUAGUUGUUUACUUUUGUUAAAAAACAAAAUUUUACUGAGCCAAUUUUAUAUAUUUAUUUAUCCACUGAGUAAAUUUUAAAGAUCAUACUAGCUUUAUUCAAGUUUUCAUGAGUUGGGCAGCUUCCCAUCUAGCACACAGAAAGGAGCUCCAAGGAGCUGUAUAAAAUGAAGGACUUCUAUUGGCAGAAGGGAGGGGGAAACAAGGAAGCUGCACCAGCAAAAGUGACUGUGGCAAGGUCCAUGUACUUUCCUUUAGGGGAUGGCAGGUGUCUGUCAGGCAGGUUACAGGUCACUAGGUGCUAAUCAAGUAGUUCCUGAUUGACUGGUUUAAGACUCCAUUUCUGAGGGAGCUGAAACUGUGAAACUAAUUAACUCUCAGUUUGGUGACUUGAGACUUAGCAUAAGUGACUCCAUUUUGGGUCUGUUUUGUUUUUAAAUAGUCCAAAUUGUGUGAAUACAGCUAAAUAAAAAAGCCUACUCUAUAAUAAUAGCAAAUGCAAUUUUGUUGUGUGCAGUCUUAAGGCAUGAUUAUGCUGUUCUCUCUGUGAGUGGUGUUUUUUACACAUGAUAAAGCAGGCUAGCAUAUUCACAUACAUUAUAGGUAGAAAAAUCCCUUGCUUCAAAAACAUUUCUUAUCUGCUUUUUAGAUUUAGUGUUCAACAAAAAUAUUUUUGUAAAUGACUGGAAAAAAUAUGCAGUGGCUUCUGUAGACUGUAAAGUGAAGGAGAAGCUUAGCUUUACUGUGGAGUCUGAGUCUGGGUGUAACCUAACUAGCUAGAGGAUAUGCAAUUCCUGAUUGACAGCAGGACCAGCAUUAUGCAGAUUUUGGAAGAGAACAGCAGCUUAGAAAACAGUGGUUAGGGGCUCUGUUAGGAAUCACCACUCAUAUCUUUAGUUUUUCAUUUUUCUGUCUACCGGAUUUGUAAAUAAAUAACACAAAACCAGUUCCUCCUUUGUUUUUAUUAAAGUGAUACUGCAGUGCAGUUUUAAGAUAGGCAUAUUUGUGUGGAAAUUCGAUAUUCUCACUAAAUUAGCUAAUUUUUAGCUGUGUUCCAUACUUAUCUCUAGACCUUUGUGUAUUAAAUCCUAUCUCGAGCUGUUCUCUUUAUACACAAGUGUGUUUUGCCUGUGCCUUCCUGUAUUCAGUGAGAAGCUUUAUGUAGGUCAGGCUUGGCUUAAGCAGAUUUCCUGAACCUGCGUCAGCUUAAGCUGGAGGAAUUUUAAUAAACCCUCCCCUGUAGGCGUGGGCCUAAAUGAGGCUAGCCUAGUUAAGCCUGAUCUUUUUCUGUUUGUGAAAAGAGCUGAGCAGAGCUGAAGGCUGCUUGGUGGUUUCAGAAGCUGCCUACUUAAUUUGAAAAGAACAAUGGUAGGAAAGGCUAGGUCUUCCAAUUUUACCUUAUCUGAAAAGCUUGAUUUGCUAAAGCUGGUGAAGCCAUAUGUUAAAAUUCUCGAAGAACACACUAAUAAACAUUCAGUAAUAGUGGAAAAGAAUAGAUGUUGGGAUAUCAUAGCAGUUAACUAUAAUGCAAUUGGAGUAGAUCGCCCUCCUCGAACAGCCCAGGGCCUACGCACCCUUUACAAAAGGCUCAAAGAAUAUGCCAAACAGGAGCUAUUGCAGCAAAAACAGACCCAAUCAGAUUUUAAAAGCAAUAUUUCUGAGCCAACCAAGAAAGUUAUGGAGAUGAUUCCCCAGAUUUCCAGUUUUUGCCUGGUAAGAGACAGGAACCACAUACAAAGUGCAAACUUGGAUGAGGAAGCACAGGCUGGUACCAGUUCACUAAUGUUGGAUCACCAUCCAGUUGCUAUAACAGUGGAGGUGAAGCAAGAAGAAGACAUUAAGCCCCCUCCUUCACUGAUUUUAAAUUCUCAGCAGAGUGCUACUUUAAAGCAAAGAGAAGAACAUGAAUUAGUACAUGUUAUGGAAAGAUCUUUGUCGCCAUCACUUUCCUCUGUUGAUAUGAGAAUGACAUCAUCUCCAUCUUCUAUUCCAAGGAGAGGUGAUUUUUUUCAGCAUGAGAAUGGAGAACACUUUAGGUCACAAUUAGGGUAUGAUCCUCAGAUUCUACAAAUGCUGAAAGAGGAGCAUCGGAUAAUUUUAGAAAAUCAAAAAAAUUUUGGAUUAUAUGUUCAGGAAAAGAGGGAUGGAUUGAAAAGAAGGCAGCAGCUAGAGGAAGAGCUGCUAAGAGCAAAAAUUGAAGUGGAAAAGCUGAAAGCAAUUCGCUUACAGCAUGAUCUGCCUGAAUAUAAUAGUUUCUAAGAUUUUUUUUCAAUCUGGCAACUUGAUUAAUAUUGGCCAAAUUAUUUUUAUCUGGGAAUAUCCUGAAGCAGAAUACAUAUUCUUUAAAAAUACUGUUACCCUAUUAUGAAAAACUUUUUUGACAUGAUUUUCUAAUUAUUUAAUUUUCUUUUGAGAUAUACUACAAUUUAUUGAUUGGUUGGCAUGGGUAUAUAUAUAUUUUUGUUUUCCUUCAACUUUCUAAGAAGUUUAGUUGUUGGCCUUACAAAAAAUGUUUUAUUUUUAUCAUUAAAAUAUAACAUGUGAGUAUACGUACAAACAUAUAUUCUUUCAAAGUUCUGAGUCUUUAACAUUUAAAAUUAGAGCUUUGAAAGCUGUAGUUUAAGGUUUUUAAGUCAGUCUAGAAGCAAUACUCGCCUAGUAAACAGAAACUUGUUUAUAUUACAUUGAUUUUAUGCUUUCAUAUUUUGAAGGAGAAGUCCUAGUAUUUUAGAGAUGAAAGUUAUUUGCAGAUCACUUUUUCCCACCUCUUCAAUUUAGAGGUCCAGGGAGAGCUCGAUGACUUACUUACUGGAACAAAAGCUAUUAUGGCAGAGCAAGGACCAGCGCUCAGUUUUUGUCUCACUGUGAUUUUCCCCCUGCUAUUCCAUGGAAGUAAAGAUCCACUAAAAUAUCUUCCAUAUUAAAAAAUUAGAAGCAUUUAUUUUUAAAUUGCUUUUAAGGAUUAGUAGGUAUUGAAAUCAGAAGAAUUAUAUCAGUUACUCUCCAUUCUGCCUUCCUUUUUUCUCUAGUAAGAUAUUUCUCUUUUAGGUAUUACAUAUUUUGGCUGUAAGAUUUAAUAUGUCUUAAUUCACUUUUAAUGUCUUAUUCUAUAAAAGAUUUCUGUCAUAGUAAGAAAAAAACAGUAAAAAUUUCAAAGAACAAAGUUAAAAUUUUACAUAGACUGAAAAUAGCAAAAAAUGUUUAUAAUUUAUUAUAUAAUCUAUAAUUUUUAAAAUAAAUAUUGCUGUUUUAGUAUUUGUGGAAAUAAAACUUCGAUUCUUGAAAGUACACAUACUAAAUUUAAGUUAAAUCUUUAAUAUGUAUAUUACUUAAAGAUUUCUAUUUUUGCUGGGCUUUGUUGAGGAAGAAUUUUUAAGCCAGGUUUUAAAAUGAGGUAGGUAGUAAGUGAGAGUGAGCAGCAUGAAAAAGGCAUAGAGUAUGGGGAAAAAUGGGUCAGUGUACUAGCACAAUAUAGUGAGUGCUAAGCCGGGUGAUUUCAAGUGGGUAUAGGGAGGGCCAGUUAGGGCUGUGGUUACCUGGACUAGGACUUCUCACUUGACUGAGCUCUAGUAGAAUCGUGCAUGCAGAAAUAAGCCAGAAAUCUGCAUUUUUGUGUGAAGUUUUCCAAUUUUAAAAUGAGGAUAAUACAAAAUGUGUUUAAAACACUACACAGACAAAACAUGUCAGUGGGCCUUAUUCAGCUAAUGGGCUUCCAGUUUGUUGUCUUUAUGGUAGGGUUAUGCUCACCAAGAGUAGUUCCUGACCACUAGCAUCAGCAUCUCUUGAGAACUUGUGAGAAAUGUAAGUCCAUUCCUUUUGAAUCAGCAACUCAAGGGGGAGUCCAACAUCUGUUUUAUUAAACCUGUUAGAGAUUCUGAUGCAAGCUAAAGUUUGAGAACCACUGGAAUAGAGUUGGAACUUAGCUUGGUGCUUAAAUCAUACUAGAUUCUCAAAAAAUUUUGUUGAAAAGAGGAGCAGGUGAAGGUGAAUUGAGGGAUAUCAGUUUGGAAGUUGGUGCCAGAUUAUGGAUUGCAUUAAAUGCCAUUUUUAAGGAAUCAAACUUGAAUGGACAAUGGGAAGCUAUUGAAGGCUUUUGGUUAGGGGGAGAUAAAUUAGAGCUGAGAGUUGGUGUUAUAAUGGCAUUUAGUAAGAGGAAGUUAAAUCCAAAAUUUUGAUUAUGGCUAUUGAAAAAGAAAGAAUAAAAAAUCAAAUGGACUCAUGCUACUAUUUUAGCUUGCUGAUUGCUUAAUUUCAUUGGUAUUUUAUAUCUGCUAUUAGAGUUAAAUAUUUUAUUAUAAAAAUGCCUUGAAUGUUAUAAUAUGAUAUAUUCUUUAGACAGUAUGAUCUUUAAUCUGUUCUGUGACUUUUCUUUCAGUCUAAUGAAUCUUAUCUAAUUUGAGACAAUGUUUUUACAAUAUAAUUCUACUAAAUACAUCCUUGUAGAUAAAACAUUUUAAAAUUAUUGAAAGCAAAUUACUAUAUAUAAUGAAAUUCAUAUUACUGUCUCAGCAUGCUAUGACUCAGAAUUGGUGAAUGUUCAAUUUAAAUGUGGAAUUUGUGCAGCUAUAUCAAAGUUUUUCAAAGUGUGUUCUGUGGAACAUUAAUUCUAUGAGAUGUUUCUAGGGAAAGAGUUCUGGUUUCAAACAGUGCAACAUACGUCUUUUUUUGUGGUUAGGUUCUAAAAUUUAUGUGUAAAGUAGAAAAAUGUAUAUACAAAAUCAUCCUUGAAAAUUUAUUUUGCUGCCCAUAAAAUAGAGUAAACAUAGUCUGCUACAGUCAUAUUUUUCUCCAGUAUUGUUCAAGACUGUUUCUUUACUUGUGUCAGGUGACAAAUUCCUUAGCAUUUAGGGCUAAGUAGAGUAAAAAACCUUACUUUACACAUUUUUAAACACUAGAAUUGCACACAUUGCAGUGAGUUUGCUGUAGCAAUUAUCCUGAGUGAAUCUUGUUUAAUUUUAAUUUGCAAAAAUUUAAAUGCUUAUAAUUUGCUCCAGUGUAUAGCCACCUCUCCACCCAGGUACCUGUAAGUAGCAUAUUAGUUUAUGAGAAAUGCUGUAUAAAGAAAACUUAUUUGACCAUUUAACUGUUUUUGGAGGUGUUUAUUAUUUAUUUAUUAUCUUGCACAGUCUUUUAGAAAAUUCUGAGCUAAAAAGCCUUUUUCUUUUUGAUAUUGAGACUUUAGAGUUUUUUGACUACUUAUCAACUUACAUUAGCAAUUUUUGUUGAGGACAAGUUUUGCUAAGGGGACUGUAAGGGGCAAGUUCUGCUAGGUGCUAAUGGAAUACAGCUGAAGCCAUCAGACAUCCUACAUGCCAUAGACAACUACAAAGGCCAUGAGCUUUGCCUACAAAAUGUGAUGCUGAGAAAACAUAGGGAAGAGUUAUUUUUAAAAUGUGGGCUCAAUUCUAUAGAAAUAUAUUAAUUUUGAAAAAUGUACUAAGGCAAAAUAUUUCAUCUAAUAUAUAGUAUUUAGAGAGUAUAUAGAUUAUUUUUGCCACCUUUUUUAUCCAUAUCAAAAUGAUACAUUGUUGUAACUUAGGAUUUUCUCAAUCACAUAUGAUUUAUAAUGACAUCCUGAAAAAGUUAAAGUUAAUCUCUUUCUAAAAAUGGCAGAUAUCUUAAAAUAUUCAAAUUAAGUACUUUUUUGUAUAAUUUGACAUCAACGUGGUGUUAUUUCAUUUUUGAAAGAUUCACUCUACCCUGUUGCAUCUUAUGUGAGAAUGUUUAAAAUAUGAAUUUUUUCCAUGCGUUUUCUGGGAUAAUGUGAAAUUUUAAAUAGACAUGCUUAAAUAAUUUAGAGUGUGAAUGAUUGUAUUUAAUAUAUACUAUAGAUAAUAGUGGUUAAAUGCUUUGUUGGUACAUGUUCUUUUAAAUACAAGGUAAUACAUCGUACUGAUUUGUGUACUCUGUGUCAUAAAACAAUUCAGUACUGUUAAGGUAAAAUUUUUGGAUGAGACAUAAAUAAAAUAAAUGUAUCUAGAUGACAGUGUUAUAGUAGAUACCAAAUGUACCAUGUCUAAAUAUCAAAAUUGUUUUUCCAUUUAAGAUCCAUAAAUUCUCAAAACUAAUAUUUGAUGCAAUUCAAUUGUAAAUACUUAGAUGUAAUUAGAUAAAUUAUGGUUGCAAUAUGUAAGAAAUACAAAAGAAUAAGUUCUUAGAAUAUGCAACCUAAUUCAACAUGCUAAAUCUGUGGUUUUGAGAAAUUGGCUCAAUAUUUUUUUUCUUUCUUUGCUUUGUAGAAAGUCUUUUUCUGUUAGGAGUAACUAACUGCUUUUAUGAUUUUGUAAGUUAAAAAAAUUUUUAUGUGCCUGACUGGGGUCCAUGAAAUAACAAAAGUACAAUUCUCCACCCAAAUAAAAAAAGCAUCAGACACACUGAAGGCUCUGAUUGUUUCAUAUUUUCAGAAACAAAAGUGACUAUAUACUCUUAUUAAUUAGUAGUUUGGUAAAAUUUUUAUAGAAUUGUUAAUGAUUCAUGGUUUCCCAUGUUGUUAUCUUAGGCAACAUUCCACCAAAUUAGAGCUUUCCAAAAUUGUUGUACCAUGUAUAGUGCUUUAUUUAUUAUGAUAGAAUUUUCAUUUUAAAACCAGAAUUGGGCUGAAUGUUGAAUGUUGCUUUUUUUUAAAGCUAAAAUUUAUGUUUUAUGUAUAGUUGUAAAACACUGAUAUCAGUGUCCCAUUACCUUUAAUCAAGAGUGAUUACACUCUUGUUGAAAAGUAAAUUUAUUUAUCAAAUGAAAUUUAAAGUUGUUCUAACAGUGGGGGAAAAAACUUGCUUUUUGAUUAAGGCUUUAUAGAACAGAAUUUCUAUUUAAUCAGAGCUAUCUAGGACCCUUUUCUGAUGAAAACAUUGUAUCUUAACCAUUAGUGGAAUUAUUAGAUAUAUUUUUUCUCACCUAAUUAUCCUGAAACCUCAACCAGGCGUAGUACAUUAAUAUGAAAUACUUUUGAAACAUAAUUUUUUAAAAAAGGAACAUUUACAAAAAAGAUCAUAUAAUGCUAGAUGGGAUGUUGAAGUGACUGGUUUGUAGUAUUUUUUAAAACCUUCAUUUUUGCUCAGAAUAAAUUGCCUUUAAUUAUUUUCCAUUUUCAAUGGGAUUUCAUUUAUAGGUUUAACAUAUCAAGUCAAUAUAAUGUUUUAGAGUUUAGUAAUUUUGGAUUCCAGAUCAUUUAAGUUGAACAUGGAAAUGUGAAGUUUACUUAAGAAAAUUAAUUUUCUUCUUCUGUAGCAUCUAAGUCUUCAUCCUCUUCAUCAUCAUCUUCUGCUUGCUGAUCCUUUCUUAGUCGACAGGUGGAUGGAUACCUGUCCUUUUCCAGAUACACACUUGGCUGACAGUGAUCUCUGAAGAGGUGAUUUUGAAUUUGCUCUUACGGUAUCUAAACGAGAUGAAUAAUCUGGUGGAUAAAGAGAAUUUCGGAAAACCUCUAAAUCCUCUUUAUCAAUCUUUUAUAUAUUUUGAUAGGCAGCAGUGUAGACCUCUAAAGCUUUGCCAUGAAAUAACAUUUUGAUAGUGAUAAAUUCUGAAAAUACGGUCUUUAUAUCCUUUAUUUUCUGCUUUUCAAAAUUGUCAAUAGUUUUCCUCUAGAUGACGUGUUGUUCGGGUAGCAUCCAUUGUAGCUCUCUGUAGUUCGGUUUCUGCCUGUGAAAUAACGUUAUCAGAUGGGUUUCGCUGACGUGUUCUUUCUGAGUUAAUUGUUUAGCUUCUCCAUUCCUUGAUGUUAAUGUUGCUUUGAGGUCAUCACGUUUCAUUUUUACAAUGGCUCCAUAAGCUUUCAAAGGUUCAGCUACUUUGGCUUCAAGUCUUUCAAUCUCUGCUUGUCGAUAAUCCUGAAGUUGGUUAAACUCGUCAGCAAAGUUUUUCAGGCCCUGCUUUAAAUGUGGGGUUUCUGUAGAGGCAUACACGUUGAUUUCAUUCACCAGGAGGUCUGCUUUGUCUCGCAGUCUGGCAGUUUUCCGCACAUAAGCAGCAAAGAUUUGGCACAGCUCUCCAAAGUGCUUCUCCACAUUUGUAACAGCAUCUUGAAGUUGUCUGGCUUGGGCAUCCCGAUUUUCUAAGCUGCGCCUCAUCAUCUUGCCUCGUACAGGUCUGGGGAUCCGAGGCUGGGGCCCAAUAACGGGCUCCACGCCGCCCGAGCCAGCGUUAGGGCGCCAGCCGCCGCCGCCACCGCCGCCCGGAGCCCGAGCGCCCGCCUUGCGCGCCCCCGGGCCGGCCAGGGCCCCGGCAUUUCUACGGCAACGCGGCGCGCGCCCCCGCGGUCAAAGCCGGAGUCGGCGGGAGCGCGGAGAAGGCGCCCGAAGGGCAAAACUGCGAGGGCACGCGAGGGUCCCGGCAGCCUCCCCAGAGACCCGCCGCCGCGCUCGACGCGCGUGCCUGCUGCCUGAUGUAUCUCAAUAUAUUUUUAUAUAUCUUUUAAAUUGUUUAAUUAAAACUAGUAGCUAUAAUUUGAAUUUGUAUUAUUUUUAGUUUUCAAUUGCUUUGUAAAUAUGGGAAGCAAUAUCAAGAAAUAAAAAUACUACUUAAUUCAGCCCAAUUUAAAGUAAAAUGGAUGUAUCUUUAGACUUACACUUUGUUAGUAGAUCUUCAGUGUUUUAAAAUUGUGUGACUUAAUCUCUGUUACAAAGAUUAAGAAAGUCUUCAAAUAUACAGAAAAAGCUAAAGCAUUUCACAGUAAAUAUUCAUGUGCUUAACACCUAAAUUCUGAAAUUAAUGUUUUGCUGUAUUUGCUUUUUUAUAUAUUUAUCCAUCUAUUGAGUCAUUUUUUUUUAAAGAAAACUGUUAUUUUAAAACAAGUUGCAGAAUUAGAGUACUUUACCCCUAAAUAUUUCAGCAUAAGUUUAAUGAGCUGGAGUUCUAUGUUUGUGUGUGUGUGUAUGUGUGUGUGUGUGUGUGUGUGUGUGUGUUAGGUAUGAUUUGCAAACAGUGGAAUGCACAAAUCUUAAAUGAUGAGUUUUGGCAAAUGACUACACCUGUGUAGCUUAAAUCCUUCUCAAGAUUAAGAAUGUUACUACCAUCAGAAAGUGCUCUCCUUCCCUUUCCUAAUUAAUACCAUGGCAGCUCAGGGAACUACUGUUCUAAUUUUUAAAAAAAAUCAUAGAUAAGUUUUGCCUGUUCUAAACUUUAUAUAAUUGGAAUGAUACAGUGUGUACCCUCUUUUCUGUUUUCUUUCAACCAUUUGAAGACUUUUAAUAUCCAUUUUACUUUGUUCAUUGCUUUUUUGCUGCUGAGUAGUAUUCCAUUGUAUAAAUAUACCACAGUUUGUGUAUCCAUUAUCUUUUGAUGGACUUCUGGGCUAUUUCCAGAUUUUGGCUGUUACGUAUAAAGAUUCUGUGAAUAUUCUUGUAUAAUUUUUUUAUGGAUAUAAUAGUGGAUUAGGGAAGAUGUGCAUUUAACUUUUUAAGAAACUGCCAGACCUUUACCCAAAGUGAUUAUGCCAUUUUACAUUUCCAUCAACAUUGUAUUGUGUUUUUUUUCCUAGUAAAGCUUUGCAUGUUUAAUGAUUGGACUGUCAGAUUGGAAAUUGAUGAAUAACUUUUCUGGUACUUAAAUGAAUUCUCUAGAUACUUGGGAAUAUUGCAGAUUUAUUAAUUUUUUGUUUUCUAUGUUAGCACUUAUUGUAUAUAUGCCUUGACAGGAGAUACUGAAAAUAUGAUGGAAUGUACAGUCCCUGUCAUGCUCAUAAAAUAUUCUGAAAAUGAUAUUUAAUGCAAAGAAAUAUCUUCUAGGUUUAUUUUGUACAUUAUGAUAUGUAUUCUUAGCUGACAUUUAGUCUCUUAUUAGUUAAAAAAAAAUAUAGAUGGCUACCAGUUCAAAGGAAUUUGUGUCUGUAAUUAAUAUUUGUAUGUUAAUGUAUUAUUUUUAGUGUAAUAAAAACUAUCAAAUCAUAAAGUUCUGGUAGGUUUUGUUAAUCUCAAAACUCAAAUAAACCCACAAGAGAUUUACAUUCUUUGUUGAAUGUGAUUAAUAUGAGACAUUUUACUUUUAAUUAAUUUUAUCAAAAACAAUGUAUUUAGAAUAUUUAAAAGGAAAGAAAGAAUACUGAAGGUGGGCUUAUGGAAUGUACAGUUAAGUCAUCCAACCCUAGAGUAACUAUGCUUGGCAAACAUCAAGACAAUAAUGUCCACUAUCAGUAUUAAAAUAAUGUUAUCUUCCUAUUUCUCUAUUGUCAAAGGUUUUAAGCAUCCUUAACUUUUUGAGUCUUGCUGAUAGGCAUUCAUGUCUUGUUUAUGCAGGCCAUUUUUUGGUAUUGAUUUGGGAAGUACAUUACAGGGUCAAGGGGGAAAAGAUAACCAAGUUUAGAAAUAAAAAUUACAGUUAAAGUGGAAUUAUUAGGGAUGGUUAGUCUGGGACAUAGUAAAUUAGUCAAUACUUUAUGUUUUACAAGUACUCUAGGUAUAGGAGAUCAUGUUCCACAUAUAUUUAAGUCCCAGUAUCUUCAUUCUUCUUUUUAGAACCCUUCACCCUCUCCCUUCCCUGCCCUGUGGCCUAUAUUUAAAAUGGGACAAAUUGGGAAAACGAUGAGGGUAAGAUGAUGAUGAUGGAAGUUAACAUGUAGUUCUUGCUACAUGACCAAUACUGUUUAAAGUGUUUUACGUGUAUUAGCUGAUCUAUGUCCACAAGUCUGCAAGGUAGGUAUUAGUAUUACAUUCAUUUACAGAUUUAUAAACUGGCACGGAGGGGUACUUGUCCAGGGUCACAAAACUAGUAUGUGGCAGAAUCAAGAUUCCAACCCAGCCAGAUUAGUUCAUGCUCUUCUCCUCCUGCUGUUCUGCAAAAGAAAGGAUAUAUCUUAAGUCUGAAAAAUGUUAUGGUAUUUCAAAGUUAAUUAUAAGUAAUUUCUUAAUUCUCAGAAUUUAAUUAUUAUCUUUUGUUCUGUUCAGCCUUUUUUUGGUGAGAGGAAGGGUCUUGGACACAAAUAGCCACUCUUUCUGUCUCUGGGAAUACAACAGGAUAUCUGACUCAUGACAUUUUUUCCUGCCCUUUUGAUGAAGACAUUCUUUUUACCCUUGUUUUGCCGCAAUCCUGCAGAAUUACAUUUUUUUCCUGGAUAACCUAAUGAAAAACAAGAACAGAUUUUUAAAAUACAGGAAGAUAUAGCCAGUCUUUCAGUGCACAGUGACUGCUACUGGUAGAAGUAAUGGAAAAAUCACUUAUUUAAAUUGGCUGAAAUUGCACACUGGAAAAUGUUUUAUUAGAGUUAAAAAACUGAUCAAAGCCUCCUGUAUCUUUUUUGUGUAUGCUAAAAACCCCAAUCAAGACCAUUAAAACUAAUGGAUUUUAAGCAGGAAGGAUACAUGGUCAGAUUUGCUUUUGAAAAUAGAUACAGUAAACAUGAAAAAUGGUUGUAGGGAAUAGGUGGCAAGAGAAAGUUUCAGUAGACCUGUUGGGAAGAUCCUGUAAUAGAACAGUAGUCUAGAUUAGAGACGAUGAUUUGAAAAGAGUGUAGACAAUGGAGAAGGCAAACAGUACACACCUUUGAGACCAGGAAGGGGGUAGAAUCAUCUGGAUUUUAUGGUUGAUUGGCUGUGGAACUGAGAAAGUGAAGAAUGAUAAGGAUAACUUCCAGUUUUUUUUUAUUUGAAAAAGUGUGAUGGUACCUUCACUGAGAAAGGGGAAAACUGAAGGAGGAGCAAUUUUUGGAGAGAAGAUAAUGGGACAUGAUGAGUUUGAAAUGUCAUUAGUCAUUUAUGUGACAGGUCUGGGAGGCAGUUGGCUAUACAGAUAAACAGAUCUACAUUCAUGAUUUGGGCUAGAGAAAGAAUAUGUAAGUUAGUACAGAAGUGGUGUUGAAGCCAUGAGAGUAGAUGAGCUAAUUUAAGAAGUGGUGCACAGUGACAAGAGGGCCUAGAACUCAGAUCUGAUGAACUGUAAAGAUGUUUAAGAAGCAGCAACCAUAAAAUUGGAAAAAUUGAAGUGUGUUAGAGAAACUAUAGAAAUAGAGUAGUAUUUCAAGGAGGAAGUAGUCAACAUUGUCCAAUGCUUUUGAAGACUUUGUUCAGGACUACAAAAAUAACCUCUGGAUUUACAGACGAAGAGCUCUUAGUGGCCUUUUAACAAGGGCAGCUUUGAGGGAGGGUUGGUUUGGAAACGAUUGGAGUACAGAUCUUCCACUUAACGGUGGGAUUAUGUGCUGAUAAACCCACUGUAAAUUGAAAAUAAGUGGAAAUAUAUUUAACAUACCUACCAAACAUUGCAGCUCAGCCUAGGCCUACCUUUUUGUGCUUAGGACAGUUACGUCAGCCUACAGUUAGGCAAAAUUGUCUAACAGGAAGUUUAUUUUAUAAUUAAGUGUUGAAUAUCUCCAGUGAUGAAAUUAGGGGAGUCAAGCAAAGAGGACAUGUAAAUAUAUAAAAAAAAUUUUUACCGCUGAUAAUGGAAUUCAAAUUAUAAUGUUAAAUAACUUCCACAUACUGAUUUGGUAAAGAUGAGUGUUCACACAAAAUUAUGUACAGGAAUGUUCAUAGCUAGUCAAGAGCUACAAACAACCGCCUUUCCGUAUUUUGUACAAUUCAGAGGGAACAAACUACUAAUACAGGCAAAAACUUGGAUGAAUCUCAAAGACAUUUUGAGAUUGGGAGAAACCAGUCAUAAAAGUUUGUGUGCUGUGUGAGUUCCAUUUAUUUGACAUUUUCAAAAACGACAAAACUAUAUUGAUGAAAAACUGAUCAGUGUUUGCUGGGGAUUUUGGAUAGGACAAGGGUAUGGCUGACUGUAAUGGAACAGUAUGAGGCAGUCUUGGGGUGAUGAGACUAUUCUGUAUCUUGAUUCUGGUUGUGGUUAAAUGAGUCUAUAAUUACGAUAAUAAUUUGUAGAACAGUACACUAAGAAAACAGUCAAUUUUACUAUAUAAUAAUCUUAAUAAUAAAAGUAUAGUUAGAAAAAAUUGGUUAAGAUGAUAUAUUGUGUUGAUGUACGUGUAGUGAAGUGGACACUUGAUUGGUGGGAAUAUCAUUGGUAAAACCUUUUUGGAAGAAUAUUUUCCAGUCUAAAUUAAGAGUCUGAAAAUCUUUAAACCUUCUGUACCAAUAAUUUUAUUUCUAAGAUUUUUAUCUUGAGCAAAUAAUCAGAGCUGUACAAAGAUUGAGUAAAAUAGUAAAAACUAAAACAAAUGCCCAACAGUAGGGAACUUAUUAAACUAUGAUACUUCCUUUUAGUAGAAUAUUAUACUGAUAUUAAAUAACAUUUUACUUUAUCACAUAGGAGAUGUAAUCACAGUAAUGUAGAAAAAGAGAAUAAAAAACUAUACAUUAUAUUUCUAGGUAUAUUAGGAGAAUAUUUUCCCCCAAAGAAGUGUAUAGCAAUUACCCAUUGUGCAUAUAUACACUGGAAGACUAGGAAACUGGGGCAACUGCACCAAAGUCCUCUGCCUGCUUGGCUUCUGCCCAGGGUUACAGCAGCCCGAGUCCUUCCAUUGAGCCAUGCAUUCUGAGCAUAGCUGACUCAAGCUGCAUAAGAAUCAUUUGUUCUCUUCAGAAACAAACUUUGAUGUUUCUGAGGAUAAUUUGUCAUUUGGAGAUAGUCAAGACUGACGUCUAAAUCCAUGAAUGCCAACGAUGAGGGUAUGAAUUAUCUGAACAUACUAGAAUGGACUUUCAGGCUUUUGGGGGAUUGGUUUAGUAGCUUGAAGCCGUGCAUUUUGUUUUGUUUUGUUUUGAUUUAUGUUUUCUUUUCUCUUUGGUAAAUACCGUCCAAUGGAAUGGCCGUGUAUAGUAUGUGUGUGUUUAAAUUUUUCAAGAGUUUGCCAAGCUAUUUCCAAAGUGGUUGUACUGUUUUGCAUAACUUCCAGCAGGAUAUGUUAUUUCCAGUUGCUCUUCAUCUCUGCGGACACUUAGUAUGGUCAGGUUUUUCUAGUGGGCAUGUGGUGUUACGAUGUUCUUUUUUUUGAAGCUUUUUUAGUAUAUAAUUCACAUGCCAUAGACUUCACCCAUAUAAAAUGUACAAUUCAUGUUUUUGAUAUAGUCACUAUUAUGUGCAACU